UUAUAGCGUCCGUGCAAUGGACGCCAUGAUGAAAUUCAUAAGGUAGAGAUGAGGUAUUAGAAGAUUACUUGAGAACGGAAGCAAAAUGCUGUAUUUGGAGGACUAUGUUGAGUUGAUUGAGCAGCUGCCAGUCGAGCUGCGAGACAGAUUCACAGACAUGAGGGAAAUGGAUCUACAGGUUCAGAACAGAAUAGAUGACAUGGACAUCAGAGUGAAGCAGUUUUUCAUGAACUGCCGAAAAGCAAAGCCAGAAUGGAAAGAACAACAGUACAAACAAAUCAGAGAUGAGUAUCAGAAGGCUGUUGAGGAUGCUGAAGAAAAAGUUAGCAUAGCAACACAGACUUAUGAUCUGGUGGACAGACACUUGAGAAAAUUAGAUCAAGAGUUGUCCAAGUUCAAAAUGGAAUUAGAAGCAGAUAAUGCCGGUAUUACAGAGGUUUUAGAGCAAAGAUCUCUGAGACUAGAUGAACCUAUUAAUCCACCCUCUCCUGCAAGGAGUAACCACAUACAUGGAUCAUUGCAAUUAACUGGGCUUAAAAGGAAAGCUCCCGACAGUCUCUCUACUGAUUUGGUCAAUGGCGAUCACUUGUCCAUCCCAGGGAUGCAUGACUAUGCGUAUGGUUCCCUUGGAACCUACAAUCAGAUGUCGCCAUCACCAAAAUCAGUUGCUCCUCAGUCUCCUUCAUCUGCUCCAAGAUCUUACACCUUAGGUUCGGUCGGCGCAGGAUCAGCUGCAGUUGCAGUUGCUGCUGCGCAGGCAGUUACAACGACGUUGCAGAUGCAGCCUGGUAGAAGAGCUAGUGGAGCCUUGAAACCGCCUUAUGCUGCAGCCUUGGGAAGUUCUUUGAGCACUCUGUCUACCCCACCUAGUGGUUUGAAUGGUCUCCCCGCCAGUAGUUCCCUGGGAAUGCCGUUUGACCCGGCAUCCACUAACGUAAACUCUGUCAGUAUACCUGUUACUCCAAGUGACGUACAUGCCUCGAUCAGUGUGGCGCCAACAUCGACAAAACAAAAGAAAAAAAGUAAAAAUUCCACUCAAGUCACAGCAGUGGCUUCGGCGCAGGUCGCUGAACAAGAGGCAGCCGUUGCAGCGGCUGCUGUACCGGACUGGGUGUACGAUCCCAAUGAACCACGCUACUGCCUCUGUAAUCAGGUGUCAUAUGGCGAAAUGGUGGGAUGUGAUAACACUGAAUGUCCCAUUGAGUGGUUUCAUUACGGAUGUGUUGGAUUAACAGACGCUCCAAAAGGAAAAUGGUUUUGUCCUCAAUGUCAAAAUCAAAAGAAACAACAAAGAAGAGGAAAUAGACACCAGUAGUAUAAAUGAAUAAAUGCAAUUAUGGAAAAGUCGGCGGCGACGUGAGAUAGAAUGAAUAGUGUUACGUUGCUAUUCUCUGUCGCAAUGAGUGGUGUAACGAGGCCAUUAGCGUGAAGACAUGUUAGGGGCGACUUACAAUGCGAAACAGAAAAACGAACAUUUAAGGAAGAGGAGAUAAAUGAAAAAGUAGAGUCAUAAAAAUACUUUCAGUUGCUUUAAGAAUGGUGAUAUACUUGCGAUAGUUUCGGAGGUACCAAAAAGUAAAAAAACAACAAGAACUACAAGAACAAAACAGAACUUGAAGAUUUGUCUAACAGCGUACUCAAUAUUGGUUGUACAAAAUGUUUAAUUGCAUGCAUUCUGGCUGAAUAGUUCUCAAAGUCUUCAUACAGAGACGAUAAUAAAGAAAGAAAGAAAUUUUA